UGGCGUUAAAGCUCCCGAGGUACGGGCAGGUGGGCCCUGGGUGAAUCAUUAAUUUUUUGGCAACGUGUCAACGGCGAUGGACGUCAUGGAAAAGAAACUGGCCAUUCCACUGGAUCUAUUCGUGAGAAGCAUUGUGGAAGAUGAACGAACUACCAGGGAUGAACGAAGAAGGAACCCUGCACAACUGCCACGAAUGAUCAGACACAAGGUGCAGCUGCGGGAGACGGUGCCGAGCAUCGCGGCGAGGUUCGACUGCCACCCGGGCGAGAUUGUGGAAGUGAACCGGCUGGGCUCGCGCCUCAUCUUCCCCGGCCAGGUGCUGGUGGUGCCCUGUCACUUGCCCGAGGACCAGCUGCGGCAGGCCGAAGAGAGAAGUGCUGCUGCUAAUGAAGAGGAGCAUGCAACAGGAGGAGCAAGACCAAGGCUGCGCUUCCGUUCCUACUCCACCCCCGGCAACCGCAGCGCUUUCCUUGGGGCGCUGCCGCAUAAACUACGUGACGGAUACAUUCAUGUCGAGGCGAAACUCAUCACAGGCACUACGGGAGUGGUGACGGGCACGCUGUUCUUCACGCCGAACCGCGUCAAGUUCGAUCCACACGUGUCCCACCCGCUGGUUGUGGAGAUGGGCAUGGAGGCGUACACGGUGGAGGUGCCCGUGGCCCUGCUGGUGUCCGCCGCCUACUUCAAGGAUCUCGCGCACCACGGCCGCGCCAGCCGGAGGAUGCGGCCGUCAGUGGCUGCUGAGCCAGCUGACGGGGCUGCAUUAAGCGACCAAUCAGAAGACGAAACUUCUCCUACCGCUGACGAUGAAGACAGCGGCAGCGGCGGCACUGGUCGAGAUCGGACGGUCGUCAACCAGCCCGGUGCUGACGCAAGCGCCGCCGGCGCGGUCGGUGCAGACGACGGCGCACCCCACGCCGCCGAAGAUGGCGCUGCUGUCGCCGACGCUGCCGGCGCCGCGUCGGGCGCACCCAUCGCCUCGGAAAAGCGCCCGAGCUCGCCGAGCACCGGCGAGACCUGUCGUCGCCGAUGA